UCAUUUUGCCUCCCCUUGGGGAUCACUGCUCAGCUCAAUGGCCUUUCAGGACCUCCUGGAUCAAGUUGGAGGCCUGGGGAGAUUCCAGAUCCUUCAGAUGGUUUUCCUUUGUAUCUCCAGCCUCAUAGUGUACCCUCAUAUUCUACUGGAGAACUUCACUGCAGCUGUUCCUGGUCAUCGCUGCUGGGUUCACAUCCUUGACAAUGACACUGACUCUGCUAAUGGCACUGGGACCCUCAGCCAAGACACCCUCCUGAGAAUCUCCAUCCCACUGGACUCAAACCUGAGGCCAGAGAAGUGUCGUCGCUUCCUCCUCCCCCAGUGGCAGCUCCUUCACCUGAACGGGACCUUCCCCAACAUGAGUGACCCGGACACGGAGCCCUGCGUGGACGGCUGGGUGUAUGACCGAAGCUCCUUCUUCUCCACCGUCGUGACUGAGUGGGACCUGGUAUGUGAAUCUCAGUCACUAAAAUCAAUGGCCAAAUUCUUAUUCAUGGCUGGAAUGCUGGUGGGAAGCAUCAUAUAUGGCCAUUUAUCAGACAGGUUUGGGAGGAGGUUAAUGCUCAGAUGGUGUUUGCUCCAGCUCGCCAUUACUGACACCUGUGCAGCCUUUGCUCCCACCUUCCUCAUUUACUGCUCCCUACGCUUCUUGGCUGGGUUUUCUACCAUGAGCAUCCUGACAAAUAUUUCUGUGCUUAUUGUAGAAUGGACAGGGCCCCGAUUCCAAGUCAUGGGAAUGACCAUGUCAGUCUGUGCUGCUUGCAUGGGACAGAUCGCCCUAGGAGGACUAGCUUUUGCCAUUCGAGACUGGCACACCCUUCAGCUGGUGUUUUCUGUACCAUUAUUUGUCUUCUUUCUUUCCUCAAGGUGGCUGGCAGAGUCUGCUCGGUGGCUGAUUAUCACCAACAAACCCGAGGAGGGCUUAAAGGAACUUAGAAAAGCUGCUCACAAGAAUGGAAGGAAGAAUGCUGGAGACGCUCUAACCAUGGAGGUUGUGAGAUCCAUCCUGCAGGAGGAGCUGGAGGCCGCACAGACCAAAGCUUCUGUGUUUGACUUGUUCCGUACACCCAGCCUGCGUAAGAGCAUCUGUCUCCUGUCCUUUGUGAGAUUUGCAAACUUCAUGUCGUUUUUUGGCCUGAUUCUCCACCUCCAGUACAUAGGGAGCAAUGUUUUCCUGUUCCAGGUUCUCUUUGGUGCAGUCAACCUCCCAGCCAAUUAUGUUGCAUUUUUGGCACUGAAUCACCUGGGCCGUCAAGUAAGCCAGACGCUCCUCAUGCUUCUCCUUGGAGUCUCCAUUCUGACCAUCACAUUUGCGCCUCAAGAAAUACAGACCUUGCGUGUGGCUUUGUCAACUUUGGGAAUAGCAGUUUCUUCUAUGGCUCUCAUGUGUUCUUUUGUCCAUGGAAAUGAACUAGUCCCCACCAUCAUCAGGGUAACAGCCUCAGGAUUCACGGGAAUUGCUUCUAAUAUUGGGGCAGCCCUGGCUCCCCUUUUGAUGAUCCUAACAGUAUAUUCUCCCCACCUACCCUGGAUCAUCUAUGGAGUCUGCUCCAUCCUCGCUGGCCUUGUUGUUCCACUCCUUCCUGAAACCAGGAAUCAGCCUCUGCCUGACUCCAUCCAGGAUGUGGAAAAGGAGAGAAAAGGCUCAAGAAAAGCAAAGCAGGAAGAUCCUUCCAUGAAAGUGACACAGUUUUAAAGGAUUCCAGGAACUAACUGCUAAUCAAAGAGCAAGAUAAACAAGAAAAAUUAGGAUCGUUCCCAGAUAUUGGCAAAAUUUGGAAAACAAAUAAAUAAAAAGAUAUAAAGGAAAAAUGGACCCCACUUACAAUUGCAGUUCUAAAUAACUAUAUAUAAAAUGCCUAUGACUAAUCAUAAUAAGAACUUUGAGGAAAGUCAUAAUACUUUUAAAGGGAUCAUAAUAAAAUACGUGUAUAAUUGUAGAACCCUAGCAUGUUUCUGGAAAGAAAGAUAGAAUAGUAUUUAAAACAUUGAUUCUGCUCCAAUUAAUGACAGAGUAAUUGAUGUAAUAAUUACUUUGGGGACAAUGUGAAAAAGUUCCAAAUAUAUCUACAAAUUAAUUAUAGACAAGAUCCAGAAAAAUGAAGUUCAUGGAGGGAAAGUGGUGGAAGUAUUUGGGGCAGCAUACGCUGAAAUGGAAUGCAGAUGCAUUUACAAAUCAAAAGAAGUCCAGAAUGAGACGGUGGUGUAUAGAACACUUAAAAUUUGAUAAUUUGGGCAUCAUAAAUCACUGGUAGAAAAAAAUGAUUAUGUAAUAAAUAUCAUUAACUAACUUUAGAAAUAAAUGACUAAUAAUU